AUGCAGGUCUCAAGCACUAUUGUGGUGAUCCUGGUGAUCCUGAUGGCUGCCAAUGCGGAGGCCAAGAUCUACGAACGCUGUGACCUGGCAAAGAAGCUGGAAGCGGCAGGCCUUGAGGGCUUCAACGGCUAUACCAUUGGAGACUGGCUGUGCAUGGCAAACUAUGAGAGUGGCUUUGACACUUCCUUCGUGAACCACAAUCCCGAUGGCAGCAGCGAAUAUGGCAUUUUCCAGCUGAAUUCCGCCUGGUGGUGUUACAAUGGUGUUACACCCACCGAGAACCUCUGCCACAUGGACUGUCAUGAACUGCUCAACCGCCAUAUUCUGGAUGACAUUAUGUGUGCCAAGGAAGUAGUGUCCUCAGAGAAUGGCAUGAGUGCUUGGGAUUCUUGGAAGCAACACUGUUAUGGCCAUGAUUUAUCUGAAUGGCUCAGGGGAUGUCAUAUGAAUGCAAAACCUAACAAAAAAGUUGAUUCAUGA